AUGGUGCGCUUAUUGAACUAUCUCCUACUGGGGUACUUCACAUGGAACAUGCGGAUAUCCGACGCGCAGGGAGAGUACUGCCACGGCUGGCUGGACAGCAAUGGAAAUUACCAAGAGGGUUUUCAGUGUCCAGAGGACUUUGACACCAUGGAUGCGACCGUGUGCUGUGGAUCAUGCUCCCUUCGGUACUGCUGCGCGGCCGUAGACGCAAGACUUGAUCAGGGCAGCUGUACGAAUGACAGAGAACUGGAGAACACCGAGUUUGCGGCGCAGCCGGUGUACGUGCCCUUCCUGAUGGUGGGCUCCAUUUUCGUGGCGUUUGUGGUGGUGGGCUCGCUGGUGGCGGUGUACUGCUGCACCUGCCUGCGGCCCAAGCAGCCGGCCCAGCCGCCCAUCCGCUUCUCCCUCCGCAGCUGCCAGGGCGAGACCAUCCCCAUGAUCCUGACGGUGGCGCCGCCUAGCCAGCGCACCCCGUCCCGCCAGUCCAGCACGGCGACCACCAGCUCCAGCUCGGCCGGCGGCGGGGGCUCCGUGCGCCGCUUCUCCCUGGGACGGGCCGACGCGGGCCAGCCGCAGCAGCAGCAGCAGGGGUGCCUGCUGUCCACCGCCCCCUCCUCGCCCUCCUCGCCGCCCCAGCCCGCCCUGCUCCCUCCCCCUCCGCCCCCUUACACCACCCCACCGUGCGCGCCGGGUGCCCUCUCCCACUCCCACUCCCACUCCCACUCCCACACCCACACCCACGCCCAGCUGCAGCUCCACCAGCCCCUCCACUCGUCCCAGGCUGGUGGCUUCCUCCUCCCCCAGCAGUACUUCUCCUACCCCCUGCAGCCUGAGCCCUUCUCAGGGGGGAAAGGCUUUGCGGAUUUCGGACAGAGCUGA